AUGUCUACAUUUUUUGAUGAGAUGAAGCGUUCCUUCGCCGAAGUGCCAGUCACUGACGACAAGGUCGACACUGCUGCUUUCUUGGAAGCCUCUGAGUCUUUGGUUAAGCUCUUUGACUUGUUGGGAUCUUCCGCGUUCACUGUUGUCAAGAACGACAUGAACGGUAACAUUGAGAAAAUUAGAGCCAAGCUCUUACUGGAUCCUGCUGGUGCUUCCACUUUGCAAGACUUGGUCUUGUCUGAGGCCCCUGGUAAGAGUAAAAAGGCCACCCAGGGUCUUUUGUGGUUGUCUAGAGGCUUGCAGUUCACCGCCCAGGCCAUGAGAGAGACUGUUGACAACCCAAGCAAGGAGUUGACAGUCACCUUCACUGAUGCUUACACUAAGACUUUGUCUCAGUACCACGGCAUGUUGGUCAAGCCUGUCUUCAAAUUGGCCAUGAAGGCUUGCCCAUACAGAAAGGACUUCUUUGAGAAGUUGGGUUCCAACCAGGAGAAGGUUAAGGAGCAGAUGAUCCAGUGGUUGGAGGCUUUGGAGAACAUUGUCAAGAUCAUCAUGGACUUUUUCGCCUCUGGCAAUUACGGCAAGGGUUUGUAA